AGUCAGUAGCAGCAAAAUGCAUGUUACGUAAUGUUAUAGGGCGUUACGUUGACUUGGUUGCUCAUACAAAACACGUUUAAAACAGACAGAACGAAGCAGACUGAAAGAACAUGGCAGCAGUGAAAGCGUGCAAUAUCUUGAUCACCGGAGCCAACCGGGGCUUGGGCUUAGAAACCGUAAAACAGCUCCUGGAGGAUGCUUGCCCGAAACGUCAUAUUUUUGCAACUUGUCGUGACCCAGAUGGACCGAAGUCCGAGGCUUUGAGAGAACUGGCAAAAAAACAUCCAAGUGUGAUCACUAUCAUACGUCUCGAUGCUGAUGAUCCAUCCAGCAUCAAAGAAUCUGCCAAGAAAGUGGGAUCUCUGCUGGGAAACAGUGGAUUGAAUCUGCUUGUGAAUAAUGCUGCAAUUGUGGCAAAAGGCACCAUUAAAACCAGUAGUGCUGAAGACAUGAAAAACACUUUCAACACCAACGUGAUAGGACCCUUAAUAGUUAUUAAGGAGUACUUACCAUAUCUACAAGCAGCAGCCAAAGCCAGCGGGACGCCAGGCAUGUCCUCAAAUAAAGCAGCUGUCAUCAACAUCUCCACUGUGGGGGGAUCCAUCAGCACAAUGCCUUCCUUAUACGAACAAUUCCCAGUGUUGCCAUAUUGUGUUAGCAAGGCAGGUUUUAACAUGCUGACUGUGUUAGCUGCUGAGGAGUUAAAGGCAGAUGAGAUCCUCUGCAUGGCCCUUCACCCAGGAUGGGUGAAAACAGAUCUGGGUGGAGACAAAGCCCCACUUGAGCCAAAAGAAAGCGUGGAGGGCAUGUUGCGUGUCAUCGGCAGCCUUACUGAGAAACAGCACGGUGGAUUUUUGGACUACACUGGAAAAACUAUUCCCUGGUGAACCGGAACAACAAAAUCAAUCACGAGCAAGAGGUCAUGAAAAGGCCACCCUAGGUUUAAACUGCUCUGUUUAAGCUGUUAAUCAUAAAAUGGCGCACCUAAUCAUAAGAACUUAAGUCCCACUGUAUAUUACGUGGCCUUAACCACUAUGUACUUGGAUAAAAAAAAACGCAUAAUGUGCUUAUUGUGAUCAUAUUGUAUUGUAAACAGUGCUACUUCCUGCUAUAGAGGUGGUAUUUGGGUAAGGUUAGGGACAGGUUUGGUGGUAUGGGUAGGUUUAAGGGUGGGUUAAGGUGUAUAGGGUGGGUCAGCAGUAUAACUAUAAAUGUAAUUAUAGAUGUAUUUACAUGGACAUAUUUUUAAAAACUAUAACUGCUAUGUAAAACAUGUAUGUACACAAUAAGUGCAUUGUAUUAUAUUAUUAAUUUUAAUGUAAGUACCUCAUAGUUAAAGCCACUUAAUAUAGAGCGGGACCAUUUUAUGGCAUACACAUAACAACUUUGUAUCAAAUGUAAUUUUAUACAAUAAAACAAUUAAUAAAAGAUGAA